UUUUUUUUUUUUAUUAAAGUCAUAUUUUGUUACUUUUUCCCUCCAAUCUUCAAUCAAUAUGCUUCUUCGAAUUCGUUCCAAAGAAGGUAUGGCUCGCGUACAAGUGGAACCUCAAGAAACGUUUGGUUCUUUGGCAGCUAAGAUUGCUCAGUUACAUAAUGUGGAUGCAUCUACUAUAGCGAUCAGCAACAAACAAAAUACAGCGGACGCUACACCUAUUGGGCAACUUCAAAAUAACAGUCUUUCUUCUGCAAACCUUAAACAUGGAGAUAUUGUGUAUGUGACGUAUACAGAUCCUGAAGACAACAAACCGGCAGAUAUCCAACCACCUGUACCUGAUAUAAAUGGAAAUAUAUCUAUGGAUAAACUCGCCCAUACUAAACAAGACCCUGUCGAUGACUUUUUAGAAAAACAACGUGGACUGAUUAAGAGAUCUAAGGAUCCAAAAUUCUGUCGACAUGGAGAUAAUGCAAUGUGUGAUUAUUGUAUGCCUCUCGAACCAUAUGAUAAAGGAUACCUGGAAGAAAAUAAGAUCAAGCAUAUGUCAUUUCAUUCUUAUUUACGUCAUAUUAAUUCAGCUCAACAAACCAAAGCGCCAUCAUCUGCAAUCCUUACACAACUGCCUCCCUUAGAAGAACCAAGCUAUAAAGUCAAAGUCCCCUGUACAGGAGGUCAUGCGUCUUGGCCAGAAGGAAUCUGUACUAAAUGUCAACCUAGUGCCAUUACUUUACAACGACAGACCUAUCGUGUAGUCGAUCAUGUAGAAUUUUCAUCAGCAUCAUUAAUCGACAACUUUUUGAAUUAUUGGCGACAAACUGGUAAUCAAAGGAUUGGAUACCUAUAUGGACGAUAUGAACCUUAUCUUGAAGUACCUCUGGGAAUCAAAGCUGUGGUUGAAGCAAUUUAUGAACCUCCUCAAGAAAAUCAUGUUGAUGGACUGAAAUUAUCUAUUCCAUGGCAGGAAGAAGUUUUGAUCGAUGAUGUUGCUCACGCUUGUGGAUUAUCUAAGGUUGGUGUUGUAUUUACUGACUUGAUAGAUGAUGGUAGUGGAAGUGGAAAGGUUGUGACAAAGCGACAUGUAGACUCUCACUUUUUAUCUUCAUUGGAAUGCUCUUUUGCUGCGGAAAUGCAACUUGCUCAUCCUAACGUUAGUCGACACGCUGUGACAGGGAAAUAUGGUUCCAAGUUUGUGACAUGUGUAAUUUCUGGUGAUCUCGAAGGCAACAUUGGUGUCAGUGCUUAUCAAGUUUCCGAUACUAUGACAGCCAUGCAUGAUGCUGGAAUUGUGGAACCAAGUCGAAAUCCAUCUGUGGUCCGUGUCAAGGAAAGUAUCCCACAUCAACGAUAUGUACCUGAAGUAUUUUAUAAAUUCAAGAAUGAAUAUGGUGUAAUGGUUCAAGAAUCUGCAAAACCUACUUUUCCUGUGGAAUACCUUUUGGUCAACGUGACAAAUGGAUUUCCUCAAAAACCUUCUCCUCUAUUUACUGAUAGUAGAGAUCUGACAGCAGAAGGGGUGUCUCAUCCUGAUAUUGGUACUCUUGGAAAGCAUCUUCUUCGUGGUAAAUCAAAGGAUGAUCUUCAGGCAUUACUUUCAGAUUUCCAUGUUUUAUGCGCUAUACGAUCUAUGGACAUGCUUUCUCGAGAAGAGUUCAAGAUUGUAUGUGAUAUUGCAACCAAAGCUUCGGAUAUCAAUAUAGAUAUUCUAGAUCAACUACAAGGAUGGCAAACAUUAUUGAUGGUUCUUAAGGAAGCAGAAGGCAACGCAAGAAUCAAUACACCAUCUAUACAAUCAAGAAGUGGCUCUGGAACAAAUACACCAUCUGAAACUAUUGUAACUGAAAUCUCUUGCAAACACUGUACAUUUACUAAUCCUGGUAGUAACAACAAUUGUGAAAUGUGUGGAUUACCAUUAUCUGAUUAGUUAGAAUACAUUAUAAAGGAUAGAAAGGAUGAUAUUUUUUUGUGAAGAAUAAACAUAUAUAUUUUUUUUUUGUCUUACCAAGAGUAUAC